GCGCUCACACUCGCGAUAGUCGAGCCGGACCUCACGCCGGCCCAGGAGAGGAGCCUAGUCUCAGAGGCGGCCAGGGAGGCAGCAGCUUGGGCGGAACAGGGCGGAGCCGAGACGCUCUCGGAGGCGGAAGCGGAGGCCGGAGGGGCGGGGAAAGAGGCUGGCUCGGAAGGAGGAGAAACCCUGAAAAGAAAAUAGCAACAAGCCGAGCUGCAGUGACAGAGGGGAACAAGAUGGCCGCGCCGAAGGGGAAGCUCUGGGUCCGGGCCCAGCUGGGGCUACCGCCGCUGCUGUUGCUGACCGUGGCGCUGGCCGGAGGCUCGGGGACCGCAGCGGCCGAAGCGUUUGACUCGGUCCUGGGGGACACAGCGUCCUGCCACCGGGCUUGUCAGCUGACCUACCCCUUGCACACCUACCCCAAGGAAGAGGAGUUGUAUGCAUGUCAGAGAGGUUGCAGACUGUUUUCAAUUUGUCAGUUUGUGGAUGAUGGAAUUGAUUUAAAUAGGACCAAACUGGAAUGUGAAUCUGCAUGUACAGAAGCAUAUUCCCAACCUGAUGAGCAAUAUGCUUGUCAUCUUGGUUGCCAAGAUCAACUGCCAUUUGCUGAGUUGAGGCAAGAACAACUCAUGUCCCUAAUGCCAAAAAUGCAUCUCCUCUUCCCUCUGACUCUGGUGAGGUCAUUCUGGAGUGACAUGAUGGACUCUGCACAGAGCUUCAUAACUUCUUCAUGGACUUUUUAUCUUCAAGCUGAUGAUGGAAAAAUAGUUAUAUUCCAGUCUAAGCCAGAAAUUCAGUAUGGCCCACAGUUGGAGCAGGAGUCUACAAGUUUGAGAAAAUCAUCUUUAAGCAAAAUGUCCUAUCUGCAAAUGAGAAGCUCACAGGCACACAGGAGCUACCUUGAAGAUGAAGAAAGUGAUGGCCUUCUAAGAUGCCUCUCUCUUAACUCUGGGUGGAUUUUAACAAUGACGCUUGUCCUCUCGGUGAUGGUGUUGCUCUGGAUUUGUUGUGCAGCUGUUGCUACAGCUGUGGAGCAGUAUGUUCCCCCUGAGAAGCUGAGUAUCUAUGGUGACUUGGAAUUUGUAAAUGAACAAAAACUAAACAGAUACCCAGUCUCUUCUCUUGUGGUUGUUAGAUCUAAAACUGAGGAUCAUGAGGAAGCAGGGCCUCUACCUACAAAAGUGAAUCUUGCUCAUUCAGAAAUCUAAGCUUUUUUAAAGAAAUUGUGUCAUUGACACCUAAAUUUCCAUUCCUCAUAGAGCUUUUUAAAAUGGUCUCAUGGAUAUAGGCCUUAAGAAAUCACUAUAAAAUGCAAAUAAAGUUACCCAAAUCUGUGAAGACUGUAUUUGCUGUAACUUGACCUGUAUUUUUUUUUCUAGUAAUUUAAGACAUGGACAUUGGGGUGUUUUUAUUACUAAUAUCUGUAGCUAUUUUGUUAGUUGCAUUGGUUUUUGUUUUUUCCUUUCCUAGCCACAUUCUAUGAGCUGAUUGGUCCCUACCUCCUGCCAGAAUACUGUCAGCCAUCUUAGUUAAUGAGCUGAAUGCUUAAGAUAUGAUGCUUCUACUCAAAAAUGGCCUACAAACUUGUACUUUGAAUUAGCAGAAAACUGUCUAAUAACACUACAUUUUCAGUUGUAUUGAAUUUAAAUCAUUAAAAUUUUAUUUGAGUAAUUAUGUA